GAAAUAGAGAAGGAUAUUUGCCCUUUAAAAUGUUAGUGAUGUCAAAUAAAAUAUCAUCUAAAUGUGUCUGUGUGUUUCAGAUGGGUACAAUACAAAAAGUCGCACCCACCACUCCUUGCUGCUGUGCCUGCUGAUGACUUCAUGCGACCUGUCAGACCAAACCAAGGACUGGAAAACAACACGCAAGAUUGCGGAGCUGAUUUAUAAAGAGUUCUUCUCUCAAGGAGAUCUGGAAAAAGCCAUGGGGAACAGGCCGAGCGAGAUGAUGGACAGGGAGAAGGCGUACAUCCCAGAACUCCAGAUCAGCUUCAUGGAGCAUAUCGCCAUGCCCAUCUACAAGCUGCUGUCUGAGCUGUUCCCCGGGGCCACCGAGCUGUACGAGCGGGUGGCGGCGAAUCGCGAGCAGUGGACCAAAGUCUCCCACAAGUUCACCAUCCGCGGGUUGCCCAGCAACAACAGCCUGGACUUCCUGGACCAGGAGUACGAGCUGCUCCAGUCGCAGGGCGCUUUCGGGAGCGACGACCACUGCCUGAACGGUUGCCUCGAUGACACAGAGGGCGGUCAGGGCCAGUGACAAACAGCGGGGCCCCCGACGUGUUUUCCCUGAGGUUUUCCUGUCGUCCAGUAGGAGGCGAAGAAAACCUUUCUAGAGGCCAAAGACAGGCUGGUCUCUCUGAUGUCAACCACCCGGUGUGCUUGGAGGGCCUUUGCAGAACGGAAAAACUGAAUCGGACGGCCGUUCUGAACCCGGUGGAUUUAUGCGAGUCACCCGAUCUGAUGCUUGAUGUCGCUUGUGUCAAUUAGUCGAGGAGCGCAAAAAAGAUGACGAGUAUCUUUCUACAUGUCCACACGUUCAUUCGUCACGUACCGAUCCUUCGUAAGAUUGUAAAAAUAAGACCAACCGACGCACACACGCAUACUCGCACAAAACAAGACGGAGACAUUCGUAGUCGUGGCAGAGACUCCUUCGACGUGUAACAGUGAGACGGUGUGCUAUACUUUCUGUUACGGCGGACUUUCCUUUCAGUUGCCACAGACCCCACCCGCUGCUCUUAAAUGCUUGAUGGACGAACUCCUCGCCGGUUACGAGUUAACCUGUGAUCACCCCCCCCCCCCCCUCCCAUUCAUAAGCAACUAACACGUCCUGUUUUUACGCCAUUACUGCAGAUUUUUUUUUUUUGUAUCCAUCUCGUUAGAAUAUCUUUAAACAAUACAUGACCUCCUUUUGUUCUUGUUCCUUCGUUUGAACAUGCAAACCCCAGCUUGUGUCCAUCCACCAUCCUUCACCGUUUAGGGCACAUUUUAGACAAUCACCCAUCAAUAACACCAGAAGCCAUAAAUAAAAAAAAAUAAAAAAAGACACAUCCAUUUUGCGAACGUUAUUCACAAGAUUUCACUCAUGCAGUAAAACAUACAGUGCUGUGAAAAAGUUUCUGCCCUCCAUUGAGAUUUCUUGUUUAUGCCAUUUGUCAUAUUUAAAUGUCUCAGAUUAAUUUUCAAAUUUUAAUAUCAGACAAAGAUAAUCUGGGAAACUAUGAAACAAUGAUUUCUUUUAUUCAUCUCAAAAACUAAAGCUACCCAGAUCAACUUUAGCCUUAAAACUGACUUUAACACCUGUCAUCAAGAACUGGUUGAGUAAUUUUUACCCAUUAUUGUUUUAAUUUAGCCAUAGAGGAGGCAUUUAUGCUAUAAUUUUCCUGUCAUAACUCAACAUCUUCAUGCAAUUUAAGUCCAGGAUUUGACUAGGCCACUCUAAAACCUUGAUUUAGUCAGUUGGAGACUGGCUGGUGUGCUUCAGAUGACUGUAAAAUGACCUCAAGCUGAGGAUCUAAAGUUGAUGGCUGGACAUUCUCACGUUUUAUUUUAAGUUAUUGAGCAGAAUUUAUGGUUCCAUCGAUGAUAACAAGUUCUCUAGGUCUUUGAGCAGCAACGCAGGAUGCCCUUUUGCCCAGCCUGUUUUGAGCAGUUCUUUAAAUGUAGUUGUGCGUUUAUUUUAAACCUCCUGGUUGAGUCUUUGCGACACUCUUAAAGUUAUUUUGUAGGACCAGCCUCUCCUGGUUAGGGUUUCACCACUGCUCCAUGUUUCCUCCAUUUGUGGAUAAUGGCGCUCGCUGUGGCUUAUUGGAGCCCCAAAGCCUCGCAAGUCCCUUUUCAGACUGAUGGAUCUUAGUUACGUUCUUCCCCAUUUAUUUGUCAAUUUCCUUUGGUUGGGGUUCUUUUUCAGGUUCUAAACAAGGUUCUAUUUUAGCUUUUUUCUAUUAACUCAGGUUAUCUUUGUCUCAUAUUUAAGAUUGUUUGAUGCUCAGAAACAUUAAAUUCUGAAAAAAUGCAAAAACAGAAAGAAAUCCUGGGCAAAUACCACAGCACUGUACAUUCAAUUUAUCAUUUUUGCCAUUUAAUUAAAUUAUUUACAUUUAUUUUGUUCUUUUUUGUUUGUUUUUUUAUUAAACAAUUUUAGGAUUAAAAAAAAGAAGCCCUUUAAAUGAUCCAUCUCAUUCGUUGGUGUAACUGUGCAGUAGGGUGUGUUAAAUAGUGUCACCGAGUGUGUCCAAUGGAUCUGCCUUAUCGCGUAUCUUUGCUGCCUUUAUUAGAGCUUUUAAUAUAUAAAAGUGGAAUAAAAAGUCUGUUUUAGUAUGUGUGUUGGAUAUUCGUGUGGACAUAGUGCGAGUAUCACUGUGUUGACUGAGAACAUGUAUAUUUUGUAAAACACUUGUUUAAAGACCUGAAACGUUGCGUCUUUUCACUUCUUUUCUAUUCCUGCCUGUUUGUGCAUCAUACACGAAAGCACCGCCACACCUGAACAUUACAGAAAGAAAAGAAUCAACAAGAGAUGUAGCCAUGGUAGAAAACGUCAAAUGAGUUGAGCUCUCAGAUGCUUCAUUGAAAAAUGUAUAAAAAAAAAUAAAAAUACAACUUGGGGUGCCAUACACCUGUGCAUAAUCUCAGUUAUCCGGGUCAUCGGCUUAAAUCCGAGGCAAUCGGACCUUUCUCUUGGUCAACAUGCCAUACUUUCAGAUUAACUAAAAGGCUUCUGAGCCAGGGUAGUUUAGCUUGUAAUGGACACCGCUGUGUUUUGGUGUGCUACGAAUGGACUGGCAAACAAAUGAGUGGAUGGACAAAUAGGCGUGUGGGUGACAUCGAACAAGACGAGAUAAAGCACCCUCAAAAAGUAUUCACACUGUCUACAACCACAAACGUCAGUGUUUAUGCAUUGAUUUUUUAUGUGACAGACCAACACAAAGUAGUCUGUUUUUUUCAUAUCCUACCAUUAUUGAUUUUUUUUUUUCUUCAAGUUUCGUCAGGAGACUGAUAGGCCCUUGUAACCAGUAGAUAUCCUUUGAUCUAAAAUGUUUCCAUUGUAGCUCUAGUUGUAGGUUCAGGCUCCUUGUCUUACUGGAAGGUUAGGGUUAGGGUUAGCCUGUGAUAAAGUUUAAACAGGUCUUCUUUUUGCUCUCUUUCAACAACUACUUUCUUCCUGCUGCUUUUCUGUAAAGACCACAUUUGUACUGUGUACAACUUUAAUAGCUGUCUUGCUGAUAGAUUCUCCCACCUGAGAUUUGAAUCUGCAGCUCCUCCAGAGUACCCACAGACCUUUUGUCUGCUUCUUUGAUUAAUGUUCACCUUGCCCAGCCAUAAGGAUUAGAUAAGCAGCCAUGUCAUGGUAGGUAUACAGUUGUGCCAUAGUCUUUCUCAUUUAAGAUGAGAUAUUCAAAGCUAGUUUAACAACCUAAUCCUGCUUUAAACUUCUCCACAACUUUUUUUUUCCUGACCCAUCUGCUGUGUUCUUUGGUCUCCGUGAUGCUGUUUGUUGACUGAUGUUGCAUUGAAUUUAGGUUAAACACAAGUGGACUUCAUUUUCUAACUAGGGACAUCAGAGUAAAUGGGACUAAAUGCAAAUCCAUGAAAUACUUUUAUAUUAAUGGUGGAGAAAAAAAGUUAAAUCAUGCAUCAUUUCACUUCCGCUUCACUGUUUUGCACCAAUUUGUGUUGGUAUAUCACACAAAAUCCCAAUAAGAUGCAUUGCAGUGUGUAUAUUUUUUUUACAUAAUUAAAAGUUGAAAAAUGUCGACGGGCGUGAAUACUUUUUGCAAGGGAGUACAGUUCAUUUAGCAUCAAGAGAGGAAAUGCAAAUGAACUCAUAUACUAGUGUCUUUUCUCCUUUACAUCCAGAAAAAUAAAAUAUAUCGAUUUAAUUAGAAGAUUGAAUUAUACGAUUUUUUUGGUUCUUUCCAAAGGACCCCAUGACGGGUAUUUAUAGGAAACAUUUUUGGUUUCGUUUGGAUAUACCUGAGCACUGCUGGGUGAAGGGGUUGAAUCUCACUUGUUCUGCUUUAUGAACGUAUUAUUAAAUUUUAAAAGGGCCUCACUGUGUUCAACUUCCUGCUCCUCCAUUUUUCUCACUUGUUCAAUUAUUGUGAAAACACUUUUACAGAUGUACAAGGCUUCUUCAUGUGCAAUAUGAAGCCUCUGUUUCUGUGACAUUGCAUAGAUACCUUCACAAAUAGAAGUUGCUACAUACCUAUGCCCCCCUGUUAAAUCCUUGCUUUGGGUCGGGUUUGCCAGAGGCUUUUCAAGUCUUAAAUCCUGAUGUUU